CAAUUUCAAAAGAAAAAAGAAGCCAAAACCCUGAGAUCUCGCCCUUAAUCGUCAGACUAGCGAGAAGCAAGAACAUAGGUUUUUCCCAGUGAAAAACACGAGGGUUUUGCCCGCAAAGAUUUUCUGUCUCUCACACAUUUAAGAUAGGAAAACUAAAUGUUGGCCAGAGGCAGAAAAGUUGCUGGGAAGGGGGAGACAGUGGCUGCACAUUAUGCUUUUGGCCCACUUGAAGAUGAUUUUAUUAUUAAGCAUAGACUUCUUACUCGCACAACAACCACUAGAGGUGAACCGCCGCUGAAGAAACUUCAGAAAAAGUUUACUGCUUUUGCUUCGGAGGUAGAGAAGGAAGCUGAUAACUAUGGCGAUUGUGAAAAACUUGCCAAAGCUUUUUUGCAAGAGCUAAAUACAUUUGAGAUCCCGCUCCUAAAGAGCAAAGCAGUCAUAGAUGCAAACCUUAGGGAGAAGGAGAAUUUCAAUGGCCUGAAAGAUGAGAUAAAUGGACAAAUAUUACAAGCUCAGGCCGAUAUAGAAGAUCUCAAGAGGCAACUUGAAGAAAGCAAGAUAGAGAGGCAGCAUAAAGAAGAAUGCGAGGCCAUCAGGAAGUUGGUCGCGAUGCAGCCUCCAAGAUCUGAAACUCAGAAGGAUAUUACAGAUCUUGAGAAAGAGAUAGCCAUGUUGGAGGCAGAGAAUACUGCUAGUUCAAGAAUGUUGGAGCUUCGUAAAAAGCAAUUUGCGCUUCUAUUACACGUGGUUGAUGAGUUGCAGAACACGAUAGAGGAAGAACAGAGGAGUUUGGUUGAAGAGAUGAGGAAUGCAGUUGAUGAUCAUAAUAAGAGUGGGCUGGAGGAUGCUACUGGGGGUCCUGGAGCAAUGGCUGUGGAUUAGUGCAUGAAUUGCACCUAGACCCCUUGGCAUACUAAGGACAAGACUUUGCCAGAUGACAAAUAGCUCCUACCAAUGGCUGUAUUUGAGUAUUAAGCAUUCUUUUUUCUUGGAAAAGAAUUUCCAAACUCCUAGCCUUUUUCAAGGGAUGUUGUAAAUUUAUGUCAACUUUGUAUCAGAUGCCAAAUUUAGAGGUGUAAGUUCAAGGACCUGGCCAUUUGGACCUCUAAUGUGCCUGAGAAUCAGCCUUUACUAAUUUUGAUUUUUCUUUCAGAAUUAUGAUAUCA